CUCCAGUCUCUCAACUAGUGGUACGCCACCAGCACUACCUCUCGUCAUCCUCCAUCCUCCUCAUCUGCUGCUGUGAGAAGUGACCAUGACCGCGGCGCUACCCAACCUCUUCACGCACCCUUACCUCUCGAUAGUCAACCAGUUGGGGGUGCCAAUCAACACCGACAACGACAACGACAGCGUCCCCACCCCGAGGCUCCUGCCCUAUGGCGCUGUCUCCUUCAUCAUCAUCCUCGACGCCUUGGUUCAGGAGUACGUGAAGGGGAGGAGCUACACGGACGACCAAGUGUCCAUCUAUCGCUCGCUGGAGGACAAAAUGACCGCAACUUACGGACUCGACGGUCCAGCUUGUCUGCUGCGGUUCAUAUGUGACCUGCAGAAGUUCCCCAUAAAGGACUGGACCAUCGUCGGGGAGGUCAUCACUGCUGUCUUCACGCCGCGGGAGGACGGGCGAGGGAUGCUACUGGACUACAGGGAGGCACAGCUGGCAGGACAGAUGGAGGAUCCCGAGUCCUGCUUCGUUAAUUACGGCUACACGUGUCCCUUCAGCGUCUUCAACUACUUCAGGGAGCUGGAAGACCUGGAGCGACAAGACAACCUGCCCUUGGACGACGAGGAAGAGGCACAGGAAUUGUUGUUGUCACCUGGCGACCUGGAGCUUCAAGCUGACCUGACCGAAGAUGACGGUGUGUUCCAGCAGAUCGUCUGACACCCGGCCUGGUGUGUGUGUGUGUCAUACAACACAACAAUAAUCAAAUGCAUCUAUCAAUUUACUCAAGCAUGGCCAUAAAUUACCUGUACUCCAGAAUUUCAACAACAGUACAUUUUUCACAAUUAAAUUAUUAACACAAAACUUUUA